AGUUAGAAGAAAAAAAAGAAAAGGAAGAGUUAUCUGUCAUUUUUGACUCAUUCUAUACUGUGUAUUUAUUAUUUAUGCCAUUUUAAUAGACACUUAAUAUAUGUAUGAUAUGUUAGUCAUAUAAUGCUAUAAAAGUAAGAUGGCCAUAACUCUACAGGUGGAGAUGAAUCACGAGGGUCAGAGGGAUGCCAGAGAUCCAACCGCAGGCUCUAAGAGAGGACACAAGACUCGCAAGAUCCACCGGUGUAUCUAUUGUCCCUAUGCCAGUCAUUUCAUAACAAAUUACCGGAAACACAUGUCCACCCACACUGGGGAAAAGCCCUAUGCCUGUCAUUACUGUCCAUAUCGUUCUAAUGCAAGAGAUCACCUCUAUCGUCACAUGCAAAGGCAUACUGGAGUCAAGCCCUUCAGGUGUUCCUUUUGCCCUCUCUCAUGUGCAAGGAGAGUUGAUCUGAAUAACCACAUGCUUACUCAUCAUCAUGCACAUACUAGCAUAGACAGACCACUGCCAGAUGUGGUGUGAGUUGGCUAGCUUGGGAGAAUGAUGGAAAUAUUGGUGGGGUCUACUUGCUUGUGGUUAUUUUCAUAUCUACCCCUAACAGUUUGCACAGCAGAAGGAAACAUUUUUUUCUAUACUGUUCUAAAAACUAGUCUGAUUGUGAUAUCAAGUUGGAGAACUACAAAGCACCCAAGCAGGAUUUGGGGUUCAUUUCACUAGGCAUUUGGUAUUCUUGAAGUUUAAACUCUA